AUGGAGAAGACUCCAUGUCUGCGAUUAUCCAACAGCUACAAGGUUAUUUUCAAGCUGUGCAAACAAGACUGGGAUUACAAGGAGCUGCCUAAUUUCCCAAGGCCCUGGAAACCUGAUCAUCUCUUGAGUAAAAAUAGAAUGGCUGUUAAAAUGGAGGCACCAGGCAUCAUUAUAAUAUUUAAAUGUGGAAAGUUGGUUUCACCUAAAUGGAAAAAUUUCAAAGGAUUGAAACUUCUCUGGAGAGACAAAAUUCGACUGAACAAUGCUAUCUGGAGGGCAUGGUACAUGCAAUAUGUAGAAAAACGUGACAAUCCAGUUUGUCACUUUGUUACUCCAUUGGAUGGGACAAUCGAGUUUGAUGAACCUCGACGACCAGAAGCAGCUGUAACAGAAGGAAAAUUCUGGAAAAGAAGAAUUGAGAUUGUAAUAAGAGAGUAUCACAAAUGGCGCACGUACUUCAAGAAAAGGUUACAGAAGCACAAAGAUGAAGAUCUUUCAAGUUUGAUUAAACUUUCUGGAUUUGACGAUGGCGGCUCCGAAGCCUGUUAUAUUCCAUUUCAAGAUGAUGACUUGGCGGCAUGGUGUGCAAAAAGGAAAGGAAGUGAUACACCUGUCCCCAUGGAGGAGGACCAGCUCUUGGAUAUGGACAUGUUAAUGUCUGAAUUCUCUGACACACUUUUCUCAACUUUGUCCUCACACCACCCGGUAGCCUGGCCCAACCCAAGAGAGAUUGCACAUGCAGGAAAUGCUGAUAUGAUUCAGCCUGGAUUGAUUCCGCUACAGCCCAAUCUGGACUUCAUGGACACUUUUGAACCUUUCCAAGAUUUGUUUCCUUCAACCCGCUUCCCGUCUUUGGCUGGCAGCCAGUUCUCAUCCCCCACGCCAUCUGUACCUUCUGUCACUUCUCUAGGUGCCAGCAGUUCACCACCACAGGAAGCUAUCUUGCCAGCUAGCAAUCUAACUGGCACGAUGUCGUCAGUUAACAUUGAGGAGGAACUAAUUCCAUCUCCUGGUCCUCCUUCAGUGAUGGAUCGUGGUAAUACCAGCAAUGACAAUAGUAGUUCAAAAUUCACGGCUUUUGCUCAGAGUCAAGAGUUUCGUCCACAGACAGCACUAAACAACCAGCAGACAUUUUUGCUACUGUUUUCAUCUGAUGCGCCAUCAUCUCAGACUCCCCAAACCCAGCAACCAGAAACAGUCAAGUCUGAAGUGCCUUCCAACAUGUCUCUGAAUACCCAGUUGUUUGUAAGACCAGAGGAUCAGAAGUUUACUUUGCCUGCUUCACCAACACCACCAGCGAUUACUCAUACUGCCUCAUCUAUGUUUACACAAAUUCCUGCUGCUACUACAUUCACCCAAAAUCAGAAUCUUCAUCUUGCCACAAAACAACAAGGAGUGCCUUGUCAUGUUACUAUGCAGCCACCAAAAGUUUCUACACCUUUUGCUGUACCAAAAGCUGGCCCUUCUCCAGGGCUUGGAAAUAGGCCUCCUAAACAGCUCCAGAAAUUUGGUCCUGCAUUGAAGUCAGACCCAGUUCCCAUAGCACCUGCUCCUUCACCAAAUGCCUUCUUAGCACAAUUUUUGGCAUCAGGUUCUAGUGCUGUUCUUGUGACUUCAAGCCCAUUAAAACACGAAAGAGUACUGGCUUGUGCGGGUAGCCAGCCUAGUGUUGUUAUCACACCAGCUGCCAUUGCCACGGCCACAGGUGAUUUCCAUGGCAAUAUUUUAGUUGGCCCAGCACAACAACCCGGAGUGAUGAGUACAUCACAACAGACUUCAAAACCUACCAAGGCAAGCAUUUCGCAGUUGUUUGCACCAAGUACAGCUCAGAAUGCAGUCCGGUUACAGCCCAAAGCUGAACAGGUCACUCCUACAACCUCUAACAAACAGGCACCUUCGCCCACGCCAACGAGCCGGAAUCGACAGAAUUCAGGCCAAGGAUCUCCAGCAACUACAGAGAGAAUCCCAAGCCCACAGUCUCCCAUAAACAAUUCCACAAAAGCUAAACCAGACCAACCAUUUAAGAGUCUGAGAAUGAACCAUAUUUCAGCAGAACAGAAGAGGCGAUUUAACAUCAGAAUGGGUUUUGACACUCUUCACAAUCUGGUGACCACUUUAAAAUCCCAGCCUAAUAUAAAACCGAUGAGCAAUGCGGCAACACUGCAGAAAACUGUGGAAUACAUAGCAAAACUACAACAGGAGAGGUCACAGAUGCAAGAUGAAGCAAAACGUCUCAGGGAAGAAAUUGAGGAGCUUAAUGCAUCAAUCAAUACCUGCCAUAAGCAGCUUCCUGCAACGGGUGUCCCAAUGACACAGCAACGAUUUGAUCAUAUGCAGGAACUGUUUGAUGAGUACGUCAAAUCAAGAACACUUCAGAAUUGGAAGUUCUGGAUUUUCAGCAUAAUCAUAAAGCCUUUGUUUGAUUCUUUCAAUGAUACCGUCGUGACUACAAGUUUAGAUGAUUUAUGCAAGACAACACUGUCAUGGUUGGAUCAGUACUGUUCUCUACCAGUACUUCGACCAAUGGUACUGACCACGCUUCGUAAACUUAGUACUACUACAUCCAUUUUGUCAGAUCCAUCACUGAUGCCUGAACAAGCAACGCAAGCAGUAAACCGGAUCAAUAAUAUCAGUGGAGAUUCAUAGCAUCAACUUGUAUUGCAUGGCAUUUCCUGUGAAACGUGAGAGUCUCAUGGUUGGACAUAACCGUCCUAGUGUAAAAGCAUAAGUAAUAUGCUACUUUCCUUCUUCCUGUCUGUGACUUUUGCACUUUAAUGAAAAUGGAAAGCUGUGAUCUGGAUAUUUGAGCAACCUAACCUGAAUGGCUGGGUCUUAAAUGUUCCUCCUUGAAUAAGCCUUCUGAUUUUAAGGGUAAACCCAUAAUUAACACCAAAUGAUCAAAGUUAUGGCAACCUGUAUCUGUGAAUAUCAGUGUCUGGAGGCCAUGUGCAUUUCAGCUUGUAUUUGGCUCAAGUAAUACUUGUUCAUUUUCUGCUGUACAAGGCAGCAUCAAUACAGUGCACAACCCCAUUAUGUUAACCUGGGGAAGGGAAGACAGCAGAUAGAUGGUAUUAAGGUUGUUGCUAAUAUAUGCAAGCUCCUUUUAGCAUUGUUCUUUGUGAAGCAUGAGCAUUUAUUAUUUACUCAAGAUACUUUCUUUGUUCCAAAAUUUCAGAUUGCUUCCAAAGUUUGAAGUACAACUAUUUCGUUUAUCUUUAGCCCCGAAAGCUACGUAUCCUCUCAGUUGAUUUCUCUUUUAUUUAGGAAACUAGCAUGUUUACCAGGACACAUCCUCCAAAAGAAAAAUCAGAAGGUUUAUCCCUAAUGAUUCAACAUUCUUUAUCAGUGCAUUACUCUGAACAAGAAAAAAGUUAAACUCAGGUACACAUAAGCUGCAAGCCCUGUGCACAGCAAUAAGACAUUGUUGUUGGUGGCUUAUGAAAGCCUAAGUUAUACUGUUUGUAUGUUUUGUAAAUUACUAUUAAAUCAAAAUGUAAUGAAUUUAACACAAGUCACCUUAAAGGAAAUAUGUUUUUGAAUAUUUACAAUGUUUGUUUUUUUUUCAAUUCUAAGGCCUCAAUGCUAUCCUUUGAUUCCCCACUCUUCCCCCCAGUAAACUUUCUGAGGAAAGUGCGGACUUUGUUAAAAGAACCAAAGAAAAUACUUAACUGAUGUAAAAGCAAGUGUUUUUGCAUUUAACCUCUCUGUCCUGGUUCACCAGUGAACAGGUAUGAAUCAUGUUAACCAGAUAAUGUGUUACUAGUAGAAAGGUGCUCAUAUAUCUCACAUCAGUGCAUAGAAUCACCUUCCUUGUGUUAUUGGGAAGAAAAAGCCAAGUCCAUUCAUUAGAAAAUUUUGAAUGUUCCCUGAAGGAAAGAAAAAUCUUCAUUUUAAAGAAUAAUAAAUUAUGUUUUUGUAAUGAUGUGGCAGAAACCUUAAUUGUGAUGUGGUUGUAUUGGAUUAGACAUUGGAAAACAAAGUGAUGGUUACAUGCUCAAACUAGAUUCUGUAUGCAAUUUUGUGCAAAAUCUGAAACUUAAUUGGUGUACAUAAUUGUUUUAGGGUUCUGGUCUUAUCUACACAUUUUCUAUUUAGAACCAUGAUGUAUUAAAGCUUCAUUUAUAUUUUAUUAAAUAAAGUAGAAGCCAAUUCUUA